AUGCGACAACUUGUGAAGCAUUUGAAAGUAAAAAGAAGUAUUGAAGCAGUUUUCACUGGUGGGCCUAUUGUCUGGAGUCCAGAUGGCAAAACAAUAUUCUCUAUCUGUACUAAUGUAGUGAAAGCUUUAAACUUGGAUAAUAACCUAGAGUCGUAUACAAUUGGUGAUCCCGAAGAUGUAGUUAGAAUCACAUGCAUUUGCCUUGAUGAUGAUCGCCAGCGAUUGGUUGUAGCUUAUAAUAAUUUCAUGGUUAGAGAGUAUACUCUACCACAAUCUCCUGGCGACAAACCAGAAGUGGCUAGAAUGUGGAAAAGUAACCAUGAAGCUAUAAUUACUCGCAUGAGGUUCAACUCUGAUUAUACUUUGCUAGCUACUGGCUCUGCAGAUUAUAAUGUUAAAGUUUUCGAUAUGAACAACCAACAUUGUACUCAUAACUUCAAAGGAAAAAGUGUGGUCACCUCUAUAUGUUUUACCAAAAACGAUAGAAUGUUUGUGGGGUACAUGGAUGGAGUUGUUAACAUGUUUGAUUUGAUCAAAGGAGCCUUAGAAAAACUCAUUCAUAGUUGGACGAACCAUAACAGUCAAAUCACGGAGAUUGUUGAAUUAAAAGAUCGUCGUGUUGUUGCUCUCUCUCGAGACCAGUCAUAUUCAAUUCUCGAAAUUGAAACUAGGGAAGUAUUGAAGAUUUUACCAGUUUUCGAGCCCAUCGAGGCCGCAGUUUUAGCUCAUAAUGGUAAUUUAGUAACUGUAGGAGAAGAGGGAGUCAUGAAAGAAUGGAUUGUGGGUACUGGUAAACUUAUAAGACAGAAAAAAGUUUCAAAUGAUCGUCUCAUGGGUUUAAUCUAUAAUCCAUUGAAAAAUGAGCUGCUCUCAACUUCUGAAAAUGAAAAUAUUUUUGUUCUCACUUUUGCCGAUUUGAAGCUGAAACGUCAAAUUGUCGGAUUCAGUGAUGAAAUUUAUACCUGUUGUUUAAUUGGAAAAGAUCAAUCCCAUCUCGUAGUCGGGUCAAAUACUAAAGAAUUGAGACUGUACAAUACAACAACGUGGGAUUGUCAACUAAUAUCAGGCCAUACGGAAAGUAUCCUUAGUGUUAGUUGUGCUGAUUGGGACAAAACUAUCAUCGCAUCAGCUUCAAAGGACUCUUCAGUCAUUUUAUGGAAACUCACUGCUGGUUCGGAAGAAACCCCAUCUACCUUGCAACCAAUCUCUGUUGCAACUGGACAUACAGGAUCUGUUAACUCCGUUAAAUUUUCUCAUUCUGCUAAACAACCUUUCUUCUGCUCUGUGUCCGCUGACACAACUGUCAAGCUAUGGUCACUAGGAAGUAACCCUCUGAAACCCACAACAUUAGAUAAGGCGUCAAAACUUAUCAGUUCGUCCACCUUCGUAGCUCAUGCAAAGGAUGUAACCUGCUUGGACAUCUCUUUAACUGACUCUAUUAUAGUCACUGGAGGUAUGGAUAAGCUUGCCAAGCUGUGGCAGAUCGAUGACAAGAAAAUGCAUCUUGGAAUAGCUGGUAACCUGUCUGGGCAUAGAAGAGGUCUUUGUGACGCCAAAUUUGCUCCAAACGCGCAGAGAGUUGCAACAUGUGGUGGAGAUUUGACCGUCAAGCUUUGGUGUCUGAAUGAGCGCACUUGUCUUCAAACAUUCAGUGGACACAACUCAUCUGUCUUCAAUGUAUUGUUUGUUAACCAUGGCAGUCAAUUGUUAUCAGCCGACGGUGAGGGAAUCAUCAAAAUUUGGACGAUAGCAACUGGUGAAACUGAAAACUCGAUUGAAGCUCAUGCUGACAGAGUAUGGUGUAUGUCAAGCAACGCAGAUGAAUCGGAAUACAUCACAGCCAGCUCUGAUGGAAAGAUUUCUAUCUGGACGGAUAUUUCACAAGAAGUACAGCGUGAAGAAGAGAAUAAGUUACGCCAAAAACUCCAAGAAGAACAAACUUUGAAUAACCUGUUAGAGCAAGAUCGUUACCAAGAAGCUUUAGAAUUCGCACUUGGACUUGUACGUCCGUUCUGUGCCUACAAAGUCAUUGACACCUUGAUUGAAAGAGGAGAAAUCCGAGAGGCCUUGGAGAAGCUGGAUCAGCACAAGUCACAGGUCCUUCUUGACUUUACGACCCGAUGGAACACGAAUAGUAAGACUUCACAGUUGGGACAAACAGUCAUCUAUCAUAUGCUGCAUAUUCAUCAUCCCGAUGAGCUGUUGAAGUUGCCUAAUAUCACCGCGGUUGUGCAAUCUUUGAUACCUUAUACUAGGAGACAUAUGGAGAGAAUAAACAAAUCCAGACAGGAUGUUACCUUGUUAGAGUUUACCUGGGACCAAAUGAGAUUGAAUUAG